GGGCUGCCCCCACGCCUCGCUCCUUCCUCCCCAAGUGCGCUGGCUUCUCCAGGAGGAGCUGGAAGCUUCGUUAGCCGAGGGGGAGAGCGGCAUUUUCUGCAGCCGGGUAUUUGAAAGCCCGUUCCCUUUUACACAGGGAAAGGAGCAAAAAUAAUCCUCUGGCUGCCUGGACCUCCAUGUUGCUUUCUGAAUCAUUCUCUUCUCCAUUCCCACUCCUGGCAACACACUUCGCCAAAUAUUUACUCUGCUCUUCGCCCAGCCUCCUCAACCAUUGCGGGCCUCUGAUUGACAGACACUCACUUGCCAAGCAAUUUCUCGCCUGGAGAGAUGGAAGCAAUGCCAGGAGAGGUUUGGUGGAUGGACUUCAGCCUGGGUCUGAAGAUUCCUUUCUGAUGGUCUGGCCAAGGAGACCGAUGAUUCUCUGAUGAUUCAGAGGCUCUCCUGGCUCCUGCCUCCUCACAGCUGUCACAGAGAUGGUUCAUGGUGACAUUUAUUUCCAAUCUUGGCAAAGCCACAGGUGUCACCCAUUUGAUCUUCUACACUUUAUUGAACCAAGAAGCACAUUCCUCACCUGUGUUAUUAUAUAACGAAGGAUUAUUGAAAAACACAACUGGUAUCUUUUUCUCUUUUGGCCUCCUUUCCAGGACAAGGAAGAUUCCUGAGACUUUUCAUUUUCAGGUACAUCUUUCUCAGGUAGUUCUUCCUCCUGGAGAGAGAGAAGACGGCCAAAUAGGCAAUGUUUUCAAAUUGGCAAAAUCUUGGAUCAAACUGCUCGAAGGUUCUUCACUGUCAAAAGAAAAUCGUGUUGACAUUGUACAAAGUCCAGCACUGCAGACGUGACCAACAAUCAUCAGAUACCUAUGAUAAUGAACUAAACAUUGGAUGAGCCCUUGGAAAUAUUUAGAAAAAUGGUGUUGAUUUUCGCUUUGCUUCAUACAUCGAUAAUUACAUGGUACUGCAGAAGGAGCCUUCUGGGGCGGUGAUCUGGGGCUAUGGCAUACCCGGAGCCACAGUGUCAGUGACUGUGUGCCAAGUCCACGAGACUAUCAUGAAGAAAGUGACCAGUGUGAAAGCACACUCUAAUACCUGGAUGGUGGUACUGGAUCCUAUGAAGCCUGGUGGGCCUUUUGAAGUGAUGGCGGAACAGACCUCUGGGACGAUGAACUUCACCCUCAGAGUUCAUAAUGUCUUAUUUGGAGAUGUCUGGCUUUGCAGUGGCCAGAGUAACAUGAAGAUGACUGUUUCACAGAUAUUUAACGCUACAAGAGAGAUGUCUGAUACUGCUGCCUAUCAGUCUGUUCGCAUCCUCUCAGUUUCUCUUGCUCAGGCAGAGCAGGAGCUAGAGGACCUUGCUGGCCUUGACUUGCCAUGGUCUAAGCCCACCUCAGAAAACUUAGGCCACGGAGAUUUCACGUACAUGUCAGCGGUGUGCUGGCUGUUUGGACGUUACCUGUAUGACACACUGCAGUACCCCAUCGGACUGGUCUCCUCCAGUGUGGGUGGGACACCCAUUGAAGCCUGGUCAUCUAGAAGGUCACUGAAAGCCUGUGGAAUCUCUAAGCAAGGGUUCAUCUCCCCUGACUCUGUGAGAGGUCCCAGUAAGCAUUCUGUGCUCUGGAAUGCCAUGAUCCAUCCACUACAUAAAAUGGUCCUGAAAGGCAUGAUAUGGUACCAAGGGGAGUCCAAUAUGAAUUAUAACGUGGACCUGUACAAUUGCACCUUCCCGGAACUCAUUGAAGACUGGCGCCAAACCUUUCACUAUGGCUCCCAAGGGGAGACAGAACGUUUUUUCCCAUUUGGAUUUGUCCAGUUGUCUUCAGAUUUGUCUAACUCCACUUCAGAGGAGGGAUUUCCCCAAAUCCGUUGGCACCAGACAGCAGAUUUUGGCUAUGCCCCCAACGUAAGGAUGCCCAACACUUUCAUGGCUGUCGCUAUGGAUCUCGGGGAUAGGAAUUCUCCUUUUGGCAGCAUCCACCCUCGAGAUAAACAAACCGUGGCAUAUAGGUUGCACUUGGGAGCCCGUGCUAUGGCUUAUGAUGAGAAGCAUUUGACUUUCCAAGGACCGCUGCUUGAGAAGAUUGAACUCUUGGUUGACAAGGGGCUGCUCAACCUCACAUAUUACCAGAAAAUCCAGGUCCAGAGGCAGGACAACAAGAUAUUUGAGAUCUCAUGUUGCAGUGACCAUCAAUGCAAGUGGCUCUCGGCUCCCAUGAACACGUCUUCCACCUGGACCCUGGCCCUGAAUAUAAAUCCUUGUCAUGGUACUGUGGUUGCUGUCCGCUAUGCCUGGACCACAUGGCCUUGCGAAUAUAAGCAGUGUCCCCUGUACCACCCCAACAACACCCUCCCGGCACCUCCUUUUGUUGCUUUCCUGACAAAGCAGACUUCUAGACACCACAACAAGGAUGCCAAAUGAUCUGCUGCGACAUGAUCAGCUCCUGGACGGAAGGGUGGGUGCUUUGGAUUUGGGCAUUUGGCAGUUUCAGUGACGACAACUGUUGCUUUUAAGGUGAAUGAACAGACAAGCCUCAUUGGACAGCUGCCAGUUAGAGCUGUUCUUAGCUGCUGUAAAGUCGGCCUUGACACAACGUGAUAAAAUGCUGCUCGGUCCUGUGUCAUCCCCAUGAUCAGUUACAUAUUAGAUCAUUGUGAUUCAUAGUGUUUUCACUGGCUGAUGUUUUGGAAUUAGAUCGCUAGGUCUUUCUUCAGUCUGUCUUAGUCUGGAAGCUGUGCUUACCACCUGUUCAACAUCGUAACAACACGCAAACCUGCACUGACAGAGGGGCAAUGGCUGUGCAUGAGGUGCUUUGGCCAGAAUCGAAUCCUGGUCUUCCUCAUGGAAGGUGAGAAUUCUACCACUGUCUUAGUCAUCUAGUGCUGCUAUAACAGAAAUACCACAAGUGGAUGGCUUUAACAAACGGAAAUUUAUUCUCUCACAGCCUAGUAGGCUAGAAGUCCAAAAUCAGGGUGUCAGCUUCAGGGGGAUGCAUUCUCUGUCAGCUCUGGAGGAAGGUCCUUGUCAUCAAUCUUCCCCCGGUCUAGGAGCAUCUCAGGUGCAGGGACCCCAGGUCCAAAGGAUGUGCUCUGCUUCUCGCUCUGCUUUCUUGGUGGUAUUGAGGUCCCAGUGUCCCUUGCUUCUGUCUUUCAUAUCUGGAAAGAGAUUGACUCAAGACAAAAUCUAAUCUUGUAGAUCUCAUCAACGUAACUGCUGGGGAUCUACCUCAUUAACAUCACAGGGAUAGGAUUUACAGCACAUAGGGAAAUCACAUUAGAUGACAGAAUGGUGGACAAUCAUACAUUACGGGGAAUCAUGGCAUAGCCAAAUUAAUACACAUAUUUUUUGGGGAGAGAGUUCAAUCCAUGACAACCACCGGACCAAUGGAAAUGCUUGCCUUGCGUCCCCUAGUUAGCCUAGAGGCUGUACUGGCCUAAUUCUGGACUGUAACUAAAUUGGAUCUCAGUGUCAUUCACACCCCUCAUAUUACUGGGAGUGAAGUCUCUACACCUUUUGCCCCUUCACCUGAAACUGUAGAAUCUGAGAGUUGGGAGAGAUUUUAAAGACCAUCUAGAUCAGCUAGUGUUUAUAUGACCUUUACAAAAAUCCCUGACAAGCUAUUGGAUCUCUGUAUGAAGUUUCCAUUCUAAACUUUCUGGCAGUCUUUGCUUAUGUGGAACUGAAAACUUUCUUCCAUGAAACUUCCAGGAAACACAGUGGUCUUUCAGAUAAUUGAAGACAGCCCUAUUUGUGUUUGCUAAACCAUAAACAUUCCUGUUCCUUCAGUCUAAGAUAAUGAUAAUGUGAAUAUUUAAAACCACUUAGGUCAAAGCAGGCAGAUUGGGAGAUACUAAGGGAUGGAACACCCAUGGAAGCAGCAGUCAAGAAAUCAAAAGACCAGUGCAUUAGGCAAAUCUGCUGCAAAAGAUGUCUUUAAAGUGUAGAAAAGUGAAGAUGUCACCUUGAAGACUAAGGUGCGCCUGACCGAAGCCAUGCUGUUUUCAGUUACCUCCUAUGCAUGUGAAAGCUGGAUGAUGAAUAGGGAAGACCGAAGAAUUGACACCUUCGAAUUGUGGUGUUGGAGAAGAAUACUGAAUAUACCAUGGACUGCCAGACGAACAAACAAAUCUGCUUGGAAGAAGUACAACCAGAAUGCUCCUUAGAAGCAAGGAUGGCGAGACUAUGUCUCACAUACUUUGGACAUGUUAUCAGGAGCGAUCAGUCCCUGGAGAAGGAAAUGCUUGGUGAAGUAGAGGGUCAAGGAGAUGGAUGACACAGUGGCUGCAACAAUGGGCUUAAGCAUAAUAACGAUUGUGAGGAUGCUGUAGGACUGGGCGGUGUUUCGUUUUGUUGUACUUAAGGUCAUUAAAACAAAAAAAAAAUUUUUUUUUUUUAAGGUCAUUAUGAGUCAGAAUGAACUUGAUGGCACCUUACAACAACAAAGGGAUACCUUAAAGAAUAAAGAGAAUGGGCAGGUGGUAGGCGUCUAGUGACAGUAGGGGCCGGGGAAUGAAAGUAGAAUUUGUCAGAAUUAAAUACAGAUCUUGGGCUUUUUAAAGGUAAGGGGUUUAAUAAUAAUCCAAAUGGAAGAAAAGUGAGGCUGAAAGUAAAGCUACAGAAACAUUUGGAAAAAUAAUGCAGCGAGGGAUUUUGUGCGUACCAUUAAGAAUCAUAUGCUAUCUGUUGGUUGAUAAAAACAGCUAAUGGCCCUUGUUAAUUGUGUUAUCUGUGUUAUCAGUUGGAAAUAAAAACAAUCAUUAGUUAUGUGUAUAUAUUUGUAUCCAGUCGAAAUUGGUUAGGAACGGGCUGGUAGAUUGUCCUUUGAAGCAUGAGAAAUAAUGUUAUCUGCUGGUAGCUUUUAUCCCCUUAACGUGAAAAAUGAGAACAAGCAUCACCCUCUCCACACCUGACUUCCACGCGGUCCUUGUGUAACUUCAAACAGCAGGAAUAGCUCUGUCAGUGCCAAGAUUUCAUUUAGUAAAAAAAAAACUACAGUCCCUCAAGAAACUUUGGCGCCUCUGAGAACUUCCUGGUGUACAGUGAACUCCUAACACCCAUACUUUUUUUUUUUAAUUAACUUUUAUUGAGCUUCAAGUGAACGUUUACAAAUCAAGUCAGUCUGUCACAUACAAGUUUACAUACAUCUUACUCCGUACUCCUACUUGCUCUCCCCCUAAUGAGUCAGCCCUUCCAGUCUCUCCUUUCGUGACAAUUUUGCCAGCUUCCCACUCUAUCCUCCCGUCCCCCCUCCAGACAGGAGAUGCCAACACAAUCUCAAGUGUCCACCUGAUAUAAUUAGCUCACUCUUCAUCAGCAUCUCUCUCCCACCCACUGUCCAGUCCCUUUCAUGUCUGAUGAGUUGUCUUCGGGGAUGGUUCCUGUCCUGUGCCAACAGAAGGUCUGGGGACCGUGGCCGCCGGGAUUCCUCUAGUCUCAGUCAGACCAUUAAGUAUGGUCUUUUUAUGAGAAUUUGGGGUCUGCAUCCCACUGAUCUCCUGCUCCCUCAGGGGUUCUCUGUUGUGCUCCCUGUCAGGGCAGUCAUCGAUUGUGGCCGGGCACCAACUAGUUCUUCUGGUCUCAGGAUGAUGUAGGUCUCUGGUUCAUGCCUAACACCCAUACUUUGACCUUUGAUACAUCUGGCCUCAUGGGAACCAUGUGUCUCCUGGGAAGAUAUAGCUGUCCACCCCUCCCCUCAAUACACAUAUACUUGUGGGCUGUUCUAAUUUGGAGCCAGCCAGAGGUAGCCAAGAACUGUAAGCCCAGGUUCCUUUCACCUCCAAUAACCUAGUACACACUGUAAAACAUUUGGUUUAUGUAGUGGAUAUAGUAAUGAAAAGUCCUAUCAAAUAGCUGAGUAAUUUAAAAUGUUCUGUGGGAAUUCAGUUUAUUUUCCCAAAUGAGGAAAAAAAUUUUUUUCAUGCUUGAAAAUGAAACUAGAAAAUUUGGACUGUAAGGAAAAACUAAGCAAGUAAAAAAUCACCCCAAAACCGAUCAUUUGGAGAGAAACACUAUUUUGGUAAACAUUCACUUGAUUUGUUUGGGUUAUAUCAUUUUACACACUAUAUAUAGUAUACUAUUUUGUAAUCUGUUUUUGACUGAGUCCAGCAAAAUAUUUUUUCUACAUAAACAAUAUAUAUCUAGAGUGUUUCAUACUUUAACCAAUUACCUAUUAAUGGAACUGUAGACUUAUUUGCAAUUUAAAUAAACCUAUAUUAAACUAAUAUUGUGGAUGAACAUUACGUGAGUACAUAAUACCACACUUCUCCAACUAUUUAAGGUCCUGUUAUAAAUAGAAUCAUGUCCCCCGAAAAUGUAUGUCAACUUGGCUAGGUCAUGAUUCCCAGUAUUGUGUGAUUGUCCACCAUUUUGUCAUCUGAUGUGAUUUUCCUGUGUGUUGUAAAUCUACCUCUAUGAUGUUAAUGAGGCAGGACUCAAUCUACAAGAUUAGGUUGUAUCCUGAGUCAAUCUCUUUUGAGAUACAGAAGAGAGAAGUGAGCAGAGAGACGGGGACCUUUUACCACCAAGAAACAAGAGCCAGGAGUGAGCGUGUCCUUUGGAUUUGGGGUCCCUGUGCUGAGAAGUUCCUAGAUUGGGGGAAGACUGAUGACAAGGACCUUCCCCCAGAACAGACACAGAAGGCUUCCCCUGGAGCUGGCAUCCUGAAUUUGGACUUCUGGCCUCUUAGACUGUGAUAGAAUAGAUUCCUGUUUGUU